UUAUACUGACAAAACUAUAACGAAUGUGUAUGCAUUUCUAUAUGCAAAAACUGCCACUUGCGUUAACACAAUUACCCAGAGAAUAUUGGUCCGGAUUUGCUGGAAAAUAUAUUAGGUGUAGUGUAAAACACCUGGUGUGAUUGAAAUUUGAGAGAAAAUAAAAAUGAUUAAUCAGGUCCAAGAGUGUUAUUGGUGGUGAUUAGACCUAACUAGCGCUCGAAAAGUUUCAAUCGUCGGAGCAUGAGCCAAAAACUCUACGACAAAAUUUGUGAUUAUUUUUGGUUUUGCUAAGUUCUGCCGGCUAGUUACUUUAUCGUGAUUCACAAUAACAACCUAACACACACAAAAUAAACUAAAAUCAUAUCGUUUACUGGCCUUCUUAGCGAAAGUUAAGUUUGGGCUGGGCCGAAGUGGGCUAGUCCAUCAGUUUUCUUGAAAGUGAUUAAAUUGGUAAGUUUUUUAUUUCCCAUGACUCCACCAUAUGAGAAUGAAGUUUUUAGUUUCCAAGUUGGAGAUCAUUUGACAUUUGUAGAGAGAAGAAUUCGUUUGUUUUCUUUACUUGUAUAGGAUUAAAAGCAUAUGCAUAUUUUAAAGGACGUGAGAGAUGUUAUAGGAGAGUUCUUGUCUUCUGUCUUCCAGUUUCUUAUUAGAGACUAUUUGAUCCUAAGCAAGUGAUUCCUCCUGAAUUGCAUGUCUCAGGCUCUUCUUUCUUGGCCUAGGGGUCUUUUUGGUAUCAAUCCUGACCAUAUGUAUAAUUAAUCCGGAAUCAGACAUGAGACAUAGGUUAGACAUCAUAUAUGAUUCUGUCACUCUUUUGUUUGAUUCUCUCUCUUAUACCACCACUCGCAGAAUAUGGACUCUAUCACUGCCUCCAAAAUAAUUAUCUGAGGCUAAUCUUCAUUUUAUUCGUCUCGUGACCAUUGAGACGAAACAUUUUGGUUACAGACUCCGUUAAAUCCGGUAUGGAAGAUUUUGAAAGGAAGCAAUUGCAUAGUGAAUGGAACAGAACAGCUUUUGUUUGCAAGUUGGCUGUAAGUUCUGACUUUUGAAUAUAACUAGAAGUUAGAAUCAUGUUUUAUACUUCCUCGGUAAUACCUUAUGUUAUACUACUCUAGUGAAUUGAUGUAUAAUUUUGAAGGUGCUUUUUUUAUUUGUUUAAUUGUCCAACUAGCUUUCUAUAACCUUCACGGGGUUAUAGCCGAAAGCUGACUUCCAUGUUGCAUGCACAUGGUUUCAUAACACCUCCCAAAUGGUAUUUAGUCUUUAUAUGCUCUGUCUAAGCAUUUUUAUAAAGUUAAUAACCUCUUUAAGCUUAGAAAGAGUUGGUAUUGUACAAAUCGAGAUCUUAUGUAAUCACGAGCUUUCAUUUGAGUAACGUGACUCACAUUAAGCUAUCUCCUUCUAUAUAUAGAAGAAGAGAAACACACUUCAAACUCCACACCAGAAAAUCAUCUUCUCUCAUAAAACUCACAACUUAGAGAGACAAUGAAGGCCUCUUGCACAAAACCAGUCUUGAUCACUUGUACAAUCCUUCUCUUGCUCAUUGUUGCUCAAGAAAACAGAGUCGCUGCAGCAGAGCAAUGUAAUCCCAUGCAGCUCAUGCCAUGCGAGGACGCCAUAAUGAAAGGAUCUACGCCCUCCAAUGAGUGUUGCACCAGGUUGAAGCAGCAACAACACUGUAUCUGCCAGUACAUGAAGAACCCAAACUUCAAAUCUUUCCUUAACUCACCAAAUGCGAAAAUGGUCGCCAGUCAUUGUCAGUGUAAACCCAAGUGCUAGUCUCCAUUCUCUCGUUUUCUCCUCUUAAACCUUAUUCUUCUUGCUUUAAAUUGAUUUGCUUGUCACUAUCGUUUCUCUAUUGAGUUAAACCCAUCAUGUUCUUCUUCAAGUGUACUACUAUUAGCUAAUCAACUUCCUAUGUUCAAUGUAAUCCCACGAGUGGGAACUUGCUUGCUUCUAUGCCGUAAAUCUCAGAUUUAAUAAUCCUUUGAUAAACCAUGGACGAUCAUUCCAUUAACAUAGUCAGUUCAACAUUUUGGGGAAGUCUUUCUGGUCUAGUGAUUUUACUAAAAUUUCGUUAAUGUUUCUGCGCUAAAAACCUACAUUUCGAGUAAAAAAAAGAUUUAUUAUCAGUUAUUCAGAUUUAAAAAUUUAUAGUGGAAUUUUCAUAGAACCUAUAAGUAUGAAUCUUUAUAAAAUAAUUAAGUAUUGUGAAAAUAGAAAACGAGUAAAUUUAUUGGCUCUAAAAUCGUCUUGUAAUAUUUUUCUUGUUUGUUUUAACAUUUAGACCAAAAUUUUUUUUUGUAAUUUGUGAUAGAAUAAAUUAUACUCUCUCCGUCCCUCGGUUCAUAAUAAUAUGAUUUUUAGAGUUAUUUUUUUUCCAAAAUAAUAGAUUUUUUACAAUUUUACUUUUAGUAAUUAAUGAUGAUAAAUUGUAUAUUUUUGAAAAUACUUGAACUGAUUAAAUAGUAUUGAUUGAUAGUUAUUGAAAAAUGUAUAGUAAAAUAAACAAUAAAUUUAAUUGUAAAAUUUUAUUAUAUUUUUAAUAUGCGUGAAUAAUCUAUAAAAAAAAUUUCUUUCCGGAAAGGAAGAAAAUAUUCAACAUUAAUAUUGUUCCAGACAAAAGAAAUGUUCCAGAAAAAAUAUUCAACAUUAAUUAAUUAGACGCCGGUUAAGAUUCUAAUUUGAACCGGUCAAAUGGUAACCAAUUUUGGUUUGCCUAGAAAUCCAUUUCAGUGCCUUUACUUUCUCACAACUUUCAAAAGCUCUGAGAUCUCAGAUUCGACGCCGUUGGUUAUCUAUCUCCGUCGCGUAAUCUGAGAGUAAAUGGAUAAGGAGGCAGCUGAAACUGCUAGGGACUCGCUGGAGCUUGCGUUUCGAAUGUCCAACAUCUUGGAAACUGGUCUCGAUCGACAUACCUUGUCCGUUUUGAUAGCUCUUUGCGAUCUUGGUCUUAACCCUGAGGCUUUAGCUGCUGUCGUCAAGGAGCUCCGACAAGAGUCCGGCAACAACCACGGAAACAGCAGCUUAACAUAGAUUAGUUUGUUUCACUAUGCUUUGAUGUUCUGUGAUUUGAUGUAAUUUAUUUAAGACAUAUAGCUUGAAGCAUCCAAAAAAGUCGAAAAAGUGAGUUCCUC